GUCUGGGGUCCGCAGGGGCACUUGGAGACUGUGGCUGCACGCGCCCAGGGUGUUCGCAGCAGGCAUGUCAGAAGAUGAGGCUGCCCGGUCCCCCCAAACCGGCUUGUGGGAACAGGACCAGCAGAACGUGGUGCAGCGCGUGGUGGCCCUGCCGCUGGUCAGGACCACGUGCACCGCAGUCUUCGAUGCUUACAGCGCGGCCAAGGACAGGCACCCGCUGCUGGGCUCUGCCUGCCGUCUGGCGGAGCACUGCGUAUGUGGCCUGACCACCCGAGCCCUGGACCACGCCCAGCCGCUGCUCAGCCACCUGCAGCCCCAGCUGGCUACAGUGAACCACCUCGCCUGCCGGGGUCUGGAUAAGCUGGAAGAGAAGCUGCCUUUUCUCCAGCAACCUUCUGAGACGGUGGUGACCUCGGCCAAGGAUACGGUGGCCAGUGGUGUGACAGGCAUGGUGGGCCUGGCCCGGCAGGGCCGCCGCUGGAGUGUGGACCUAAAGCGUUCCAUGAGCCACGCCGUGGACGUCGUGCUGGGCAAGUCAGAGGAGCUGGUGGACCACUUCCUGCCCAUGACUGAGGACGAGCUCGCGGCCCUGGCGGCCGAGGCGGAGGGCCCGGAAGUGGGCUCUGUGGAGGAGCAGAGGAAACACCAGGGCUACUUUGUACGUCUGGGCUCCCUGUCCGCGCGGCUCCGCCACCUGGCGUAUGAACACUCCCUGGGGAAACUGAGGCAGAAGAAACACCACGUCCAGGACACGCUGGCCGAGCUGCAGGAGACGCUGGGGCUGAUUAACCUCAUGCAGUGCGGGGUGACACCCACUGCCCCUGCCCGCCCUGGGAAGGUGCAUGAGCUUUGGGAGGACUGGAGCCAGCGCUCCCCAGAGAAUGGCGGCCGCCGCCGCAGCCAGGCGGAGCUGGAGACGCUGGUGCUGUGCCGAAGUCUGAUGCGGGAGCUGCAGGGCACAGUGGACGCGCUGGAGAGCAGCGUGCGGGGCCUGCCCCCGGGCGCCCAGGAGAGGGUGGCCGAGGUGCGGCGCAGUGUGGACGCCCUGCAGUCCGCCUUCGCCGACGCCCGCCGCUUCGGGGACGUGCCGGCCGCUGCCCUGGCCGAGGGCCGGGGCAGUGUGGCCCGGGCCCACGCCUGUGUGGAUGAGCUGCUGGAGCUGGUGGUGCAGGCCGUGCCGCUCCCCUGGCUGGUGGGGCCUUUUGCGCCCAUCCUCGUGGAGCGGUCUGCGCCGCCGCCCGACCUGGAUGUUCUGGUGGACGAGGUCGUGGGGGACCCCGACCCCCGCUGGGCUCACCUGGACUGGCCGGCCCAGCAGAGAGCCUGGGAGGCCGAGCGCGGGGACGGGCCAGCCCUCCCAGAGGACAUUCCCAAGGAGGAACCCGUGCCCCCCAGUACCCCCAAGCACACCCUGAUGCCAGAGCUGGACUUCUGACCAGAGGGGGCCGCGGGGCCGCAGGGGCAGCAAGCAGGAGGCCCGCUUCUAUCCGAGAUCCCUGCUGCCCCCUAGUGGCCGUGUGUGCGCACUAACAGCCCAUGCUGUGGCCUUGGCCUGGGUGCAGGGUGGGAGUGGGGGGGCUGAAGUCGCCAUCUCAGACCAGCUUCACUGAUCUCAGGCCCUCUCCAGUCCUUCCCUUGAGCAUAUGGGGACUGGAACCCAAUUCAGGUCCCACUAGCCCCUGGCUGGGUUCAUCUGUCGG